GGGAGGGGGGGGAAGUGAGGAAGAACUCACAAGCCACUUCCAUCUCAACUACCUGCUCAAAGGGAGGUGUGGACGUAGGCACCAGACAGCUCUCUCGGAGCCCCAGACAGUUGGAGGAGUCAGCGUCCGACGGAGAGUUUUGGACGCCGAGACAAGUUCUUCCUCUGUGUCUGACUUCCAAAUGGACCAUGAAUAAAUCGAGCACAAGCUCAAACGAAACGAUGCUUCAAGGAGCAACUCUUGGCCAAGCUGUCCUCUCGCUCGCCUUCAUCCUGGGUUUCCCCGGCAACACCUUUGUUGUAUGGAGUGCGUGUUGUCUGGUCCGCAAGCGGACGGUCACCUGUCUCCUCAUUCUUCAUUUAGCCAUAGCGGACUUAGCAGUGCUGCUCACUGCCCCUGUAUUCCUGCGGUUUCUGAGCGCCGGCAAGUGGGAAUUGGGAGAAGGUGUAUGCAAAGCGUGUCAUUACAUCAGUGGGGUCAGCAUGUACGCCAGCGUCUACCUCAUUGCCCUCAUGAGCUUGGACCGCUGCUUGGCGAUCUCCUGGCCCUUUGUCUCGCAGAAGAUCCGCACACGAAGUACCACCCGGGUAUUGGUGGCGGCUAUCUGGGUGGCUGGCGUCUUCUUAGCCAUCCCUGUCCUCAUCUACCGGAAGGAAGUAUUGAAGAACGAAAGGCUUUUUUGUGUGCUCUACCACCCCAAACCCAAACAUUUGGUCUUCCAUGCUCUCUUUGAAACCAUCACUGGAUUCGUGUUGCCUUUCGUCGUCAUCAUCUAUAGCUACGGGAGCAUCGGCCGACGGCUGAAGGAGACACGUUUCCGGCGGAAGCGGCGGACAAACCAUCUCAUCGGCCUCAUUGUGGGCGCCUUUGCUAUUUUUUGGCUGCCUUACCACGUGGUCAACCUUUUAGAUGUGACCGCUGUGUGGAGUAACUCCCAAAAAGUCCUAAAAGCAGGCAAGAUGGCUAGACCUGUUUUAGUGGCUUUUGCUUUCUUCAGCAGUAGUGUGAAUCCCAUCCUCUACGCUUUCAGCGGUGGCUCCUUCAUUCGCUCGGCUGGCUUUGGCUUUAUGGCCAAACUCUUUGAAGGAACAGCUUCGGAGAUGUCCAGCGUCAAGCAUGGCACCAUGCAAGACCAUCAACGCCGAGGAGACUCUAAGAACAAACCUUUAAAUAACGGGAGUCCUGAGUUGUUGACUAUGUCUACUCACCCAACAAAUAGUGGGUCAUCUCAAGAACGUGGAGAAGCUUCUCAACCUCUCAAGUCACCUUGAAGACCUAGUAAAGAACAGAAUGGAUGGUGGAUACUCAUGAUUUGAUUGUCAUUCUCUUGAUUUUUUCUGUGCUGCAUAAAAGAUCUUUCUGUCUCAUUGACGUUCAACCCUGGUUCCAUGUCUCCAUAUUUUGUAAUUCAUGCCAGCUGUACUGAUUUUGUUGAAAGGGAUAGCUGUUUAUAAGAGAUAGAGGGCAUUAAGCAUGUACAGAAUCUUUUUCUGUGUUUACUCCUACCUAUACAUCUAAGUAGAGAAAGAUGUAUCAAGCCCAUUUUGUGGACAGGAAAUCCUC